UACUGCCCCAGUCAUUAGCUAUCUAGCUAGAGAGAGAGAUGGGAGUUGUGAUUUUGGACGGAACAACAGUAAAAUCAUUCGUAGAGGAUGAAUCGGCAUUCAACAAAAGUGUAGAUGAGCGAUUUGAAGCACUUGAUUCAAACAAAGAUGGAGUAUUAUCACGAUCAGAGCUCCGUAAAGCUUUUGAAUCACUCCGACUCAAUGAAUCUCACUUUGGAACUGAUGUAGCCACACCACCUGAAGAGCUGACUCAGUUAUACGAUUCAAUAUUUGAGAAAUUUGAUUGUGAUCACAGUGGAACAAUCGAUGUUGAAGAAUUUAGAGCAGAGAUGAAGAAGAUUAUGCUUGCUGUUGCUGAUGGUCUUGGGUUUUCACCUAUUCAGAUGGUUAUUGAAGAUGAUGAUGAUGGUAGCUUUCUUAAACAAGCUGCAGAUCUUGAGGCCUCCAAGAUAGCAAAAGCUUUGUGAAAUACAAAUGUUUCUGAUCCACUCUUGAUUAACUGUUGUUCUUUUAAGUUUGUUUGUGAUUUUGAUGCUGAGCUUAUAAUGUAUGUUGGUCGUUUGAAAAAUAAAAAUGUCUUCUGGCUACCACUGACGUGACUACCAGUAUGAAAUUCUGUUGUUUUUC